UCCCUCUCUCUGUCUUGCACACACUGUGUGUCCACCCCGCUGGAGUUGCCAUUGGAGGAUGGAGGAUACUGGAGGCGCGUUUAAAUGGGGCUGAUCCAGAUGAUCUUGCUGGUUUUGCACACACCACACCCGCAAAACCAACCGCACAACUAACUCGUUUGAGAUGUGGCUCAAAUGUGACGUCUCCGCACCAGACGUCUCCCAAACUGUACAAGUUUGAUACUGCGCCUUGGCACCCGGUCCGGAGCGCCAUGCCCUCGGAUUCACAGCGCGCUCCAUCAUGUUGAGCCGCUCGGCCGCUCUCGUGCUCACUCUGAGCGCCGUGGCGGGACUCGCACCGCGCUCGGGUGCCUGGAGCGAUGAGAAGCUCGUGGCAGCGCCCAUCAACUCCACCAGCGGCUUUCUGGCCAGCUUGGAGGUGGGCUACUCGAAGAGAUCGGUGGCCGCGAGCGAGGAUGACGAUGCGUCGUCCAGGUGCAACGUGAGCGUGGAGAGGCUGCCGGCCAAGCUGGUGGCACGGUGGGACGGGGACCUGGGCUUGCGCUGCGACGUGCUCGUCUACACCACCAACAGUCACGGAAAAGCGUUUUUCUCAGCCGCCUUCAACCGUGCAGCGUCCCCUGUUUUUAUUGAACACGUGGGCGUCGCGGGCGCACAGCAAGAGUUCAGGCUGUGCAUCGGAUGCGGUCUCUCCCGGUUCAGGCGCUUCGGCCGAUCCAGACCGGACAUGGCAGACAGUGUGCACUUCUGCUGUCUUGAUUUUGCUUUGGACGAACUCAAAGGGGAUCGUAGCUGGAGGCUGAAUCGGAAACCCAUAGAGUCUACGCUCGUCGCCUGCUUCAUGACUCUGGUCAUAAUCAUAUGGAGCGUGGCUGCCCUCAUAUGGCCGGUGCCCAUCAUCGCGGGCUUCCUGCCCAACGGAAUGGAGCAACGGAGACCCAGAUAAAGCAUUUAUAACCAAACCGACUUACUUUCUUCACCGUGCGCCAAUUUACUUAAUUGGCAAAUAGGAUAUUUGAUCAGAUAGUAACAUUACAAUGUCUUUAUAAAAUCUGUAAAAUGUGCAAAUUAGACUGAAUGUUGUUUUAUAAUAUAUUAAUAUUGACUAGGCCUUAGCCUAUGUAUUAUUUAGCUGUCUUUUGGAUUACUAUGUUACUAAAUACUAUGUUUGUAUUGUUUUUAUCUUAAACGUUCUUCAUAUGAUUAAGACUGUAGAAACGUUUCCGGAAUUUGUUAUGGGGGAUUUUUAACAACAAAAACAACAAGAAAAAACGCCUAGUCCUCAUUGGCUUAACUGUAUUUAUAUUUGUAAGAGUUAAUAAAAUGUGGAAGUCCG